CAAUAUCUUCUCCCAAAAAGCUUCAAAUAGCAACUUCAACUACUCAUGUGGAAAUGGGAUCAGGGAGCUCUGCUGCUACUGAUCAAUCUGCACAGAAUCUAAAGGCAAUUUUUAGAGAAGGUCCUUCUUUAGAGAAAUAUGACAAAGCAAGUCCUUCAACUUAUUCAAAACCAAAAAUCGAAAAACCUCAUACAUCAGAUACUUCUGAGGGUCAAAUUAUGGCUAAUCAAAGAGAGACCUCCAUUGAUGAUGAUCUUAUUAGAUUACUUCAAAUAAUGAAGGAUGGCUCUGACUUGGAAGUUGGCCUGCCUUGUAUUUCUAAAAUUGCUGCUCUUGAAGACGACAAGGUGGCUAAGGCCUUUGCUGACAUAGAAUCCUCAUUGAAAAUGGAUCUCCAUCAGAUAAUUAACUCUAAAGAACAAACUAAUCGCCUAGAGAAUGCACUCGACUUCUUGUCCACCCAUUUUUCUGAAGAAGAACCUUUCUCUCACAGCCUUAUUAGAGGCAAAAUAGACUUUCUUCAUCAAGAAAUCCAAAGAUUUCUCUCAUCCUUCAAGCGAGCUUCUGAUAACCUUGACUUAUUCACCAAGCUUCAAGAAAAAGAGAAGCAGAUUGGUGAAGAACAUUCUCAAAGGAUGGACGCAGCUACUACGAUUGUGUCUGAAAUUCGUAAUGCUGAGGAUUAUAUGAUUGAACUGAAGGAGCAGAUCACCAGAUUGCAGGCUGAAUUAAAAAGCAAAGAAAAAAAAUUUCAAGACUGUGAAAUCAAACUGACAUCCCUUCACAAGCAAAAGAACGAAUGUGUCUUGGACACCAUAGGGUUCAUGGAAGAGUACGAGGCUGUGAAGAAAGACAAGUCCUAUGUGGUGGAUGGACAAACAAAAGCAAGCCAAGAACUAAAAAAGGUGGAAAAUCAAUGGCCUUCUUGUGUGGCUGAAUUGAGGAAAACUGCACUUUUGUUGGGAAUCCUUCUUCAACAGAAGCUCUAAUAGUCGGAUAUUGUCAUGUGUAGCCAAAUUACCAUUCAGGUUGUCAUAUGCAUUCCGAGGAUUUUGACUUAGUUCAAGGUAUGGGUUGGUUUAGUACUUGAUAAAGACUUGUUCAUUUAUAUGGAAGUAGUUCCCAGGCUUAUUGCAGUAAUAAGUAUCAGUUGACUGGAACUUAAAUUGUUUGAAGUUUGAGAACCUAAUUUGUUAUUGA